GGUAACCGUUGCCUAUAGACAUGAACGACCACGGACAUCACACAAGACACCAAAUAUUAAUUUACUAACACUAGCUAUACUUAAGAACAAAAUUAGCUGCUUGCUAUCAAUAAUACUACUUCUUCUUACGAAGAAAAUAUUCAACGCACCGCAAACUACUUCAACUGUGUACAACCGUUUAAUGAAACCUAAAUAUUUUGAGAAAUUAAACACGAACAAUCCUAAUGCAAUCCUAGAGCAGUAAACAUUGUAGGCAUUGUACUAAACACACAAGCAGGUACUUCUAAAAAGUACCUGCUAUGAAGUACCAUUUGACUUUUAGUUUAACUACUGAAUUAACUUUAUUGGCUAUGGUAUCUUGUAACAUCAUUAUUACACCUAAACAUAGAAAUAAAAGGUCCUAUGCAGAUAACUUCAAUGUGUUAUUAAAUCUUUAUAAAAUGAAUCCAUUGAAACGUUCAAAUAUAUUUAAAACGUUUUCUAAUAAUAUGCUCCUAACGAAUCGGGCUGCGAAUGCCACCUUGCAUUUUGAUUCAAAUGAAAGUAUAAGAGAAAAGCAAAUGCGAGUCGAUAGGAAUCUUAAACAUAUUGAGGACAUAAUUCAUGUUGAAAAAUCACGUCGACCGGAAAUAAACCAACCAGACUAUAUAGCCGAUACUAGUCCCGAAAUAUAUUCUAAUGAUAAUGUAAUUAAUUAUUUAGUAGCUAAUAUUGGUCAUAAACAUGAUAGGGAAAUGAAACAAAAGAAAUUAAAUUAUCUAUUCGAGGACACAGAAAGUAAUGAGGACAGUAACUCUGUUUUUAAACCUAUUAAGGCUACGUCAACUUUAAAUGUACUAAAAAAUAAAUUACAUAUGACAAAUAAAACUGACGUAAAAACUACCGAUGGUUCAAUUUAUACUACUAUUACAGCUGAUACGAAGUAUUUAAAUAAAGAUUUUAAUAUGAAAUUCUCCGAAGCUGGUGUUAUUAUCAUGUGA